CUUAUUUCAGUAAUCACAUGUAGGUUCCUGGCAUUUUCGUCGCAUCCAACAUGGCUGGACGAGGUAGUUAUAAUGAGCGCGAGCAUAGAGAUUAUGGAGUAGGCGAACGAGAAGGAAAGCCUUUGCCUACAGAACCUCCAUUCACAGCAUAUGUCGGAAAUCUGCCUGCAAGAGUUGUACAAGGAGAUGUCGAGAAAAUAUUUGAUCAAAAUCACGUGAAAAAUGUACGCCUGGUUCGUGACAGAGAAACAGACAAAUUCAGAGGUUUCUGCUACGUUGAAUUUGAUGAUAUCCAUAGUCUGGAGGAGGCGUUAGCACUUGAUGGUGUUGUCAAUGUUGACGGCCACAAUCUAAGAAUUGAUGUGGCUGAGGGAAAACGCAGUGAUCGUGGUGGUGGUUUUGACAGGGGCCGAUCACGAGGUGGCUUCCGGGGAGGAAGAGGUGGUGAUCGAGGUUAUGACGACUUUGGAGGUGGAGCUGGUAGUUUCAGUAACAGAGGUGGAAGAAGUGGAGGUGGCUCUGGCGGAUUUUCAGAUUCUCGUGGAAACCGGGGUAGCUAUGGCCACUUUGAAGAGGGUGGUGGAAGUGGAGGUAGGGAAUGGAGUCGUGGUGGUCGAGGAGGUUAUGGGGGCCGAUCCAGGCCUGAUUCUGGUAGUGACAGGAGACCCCAUCCUGAAGAAUUUAAGGAACCUUCUGCAGGAGAUGUGGGUAAAAGGACAAAGUUACAGUUGCAGCCUAGAACUGUAAACAACCCUCUCAACCAAUUGGCGGAGACAAGUCAGUCAUCUAAAAUAUUUGGUGGCGCAAAACCUCGUGAAGAGAAAAUUCCCAAGUAAUAAUAUACACUACGAUUUAUAUUGUGAUUGGCUACUGCAAAGGCAGAUCCAAGUGAGACCCUCUAAGUUGCGUCCAUAAGUCAAAGCAGAUCAUCAGUCAUUGGGUUUUAUUCGGAACACUUACUUUCAUGCGCAGGAAACAUCAACUAAAUUCAAUUGUUGAUAAGCUCUGUUUCAUGAAACAUACUUUGACCAUUUUCCCAUACUUCACCUAAUCCUUAUGCAGAAAUACCAAUUAAAAAUUUCUUUCCUAGUAUAGGAAUUACUGAUUUUUUUUAGGUUAGAAUGAUUUUGAACAUCAAUAUUUUUAUCAACUUGGCUUAUGUUGUGCUCAGCGAAUUCUUUGAUAGCUGACUUUCAAGCCAAUUCUAAUUUUUGCUCCUGUUGUGUAGUGACUGAAUAUUUGCAAGCAUGUUUAAUGUUCACCAUAUCUAAACUCUUAUUUAUAAGAAAUAGAAUUGGUUUGGAAAUGAAGAUAACCAACCUUGAAGAUCGAUUCAGCAAUUUUUGAGAUUUACCACACAUGAAUACCUUGUCUACUGAAGGAUGUGAAGCCGCUCGUAGCCUGAUGCCUCGUCAGUCUUAAAUUGGAAUUCAUGUUUAUAGCACCCUUAGAUUGGUUCUUGUGCUGCUGUAAUAUAAAGACGCUUUCCCAUUAGAUAUGGACAGUGUUAUUUCUUUCAGUAGCUAAGGUAUAAGUUCAGAAGUACAGUACUGUAGGCAAGUGAUUUUUGUACAGGAUUACUGGAACUACAUACUAACGCUGUUCAAUUUGUAUGUUGUUUUUUUUUUGUGGGGGGGGGGUAAUUAGGUAUGUGUAUACUUGAGAGGUUAGUCUCUCUUGAGACAUUGUCGAAUAAUUUAAUGUAAUUCAUAGGGUGACUGCAAAAGUGUUGAUGUUUUUUUUAAUAAAAAUUAAAGUCACGUAAAAAUUGAAUAAAUAAUAAAAAGCACUGUCAGAAACUCUGAAUGCAUUCUCUUACUGUGUUACCAGUUUUAUGCCCAGUAAGUGACAGACAUGCUGAUAAAAAAUGAAAAAGAAGGAAAAGGAAAAAAUAUAUACACUACUCGACCUUGAAUGUAUACAGAUAAAUGAUUUUUGUACUGAAGGACAGAUGUACAAGUAUGAAAUAAAAAAAUAUAGCAUCAAUGAAACUGAUGCAUGUUUUCUAAUUAAAGAAUAAAAAGUGGAAAUGAAAGAAAAAUGCCAACAAUUCAGUAAUUGUUAAAUGGUAUUUUUUAAUAAAGCAACAAUAUAAAGAGAGACUAAAGUACUGUUGCUUGUACAGAGUUAAGUACACAAAGUAAUAAUUAUAUUAGUAGUUCUUUUCCUUUGCUCCUGUGUGUGUGAGGUUGAUAUUGAAUUUUGACAUUACUGGUAUUACUGUGUAGGUCAAUAUGCUUAUACAUAUUAAAAAUAAUGAUGGUU